GCCAGGGCAAACGCAUAAAACCAGCCCCAGGUGCUUGACAGCCCCGGCGAACGGGUGGCUAUCGCGGAGUAAAAACUUCAGUCCCCCUACCUCUCUCUCAAGCCCUUGUCCCCCGGUGCCGGCCGGCGCAGAGUAGCGAGGGGUGCGGCCCCAUGCCGGCCGGCGGGCCGGGGCCAGCCCCGGGGGCACCCCCCGGUGACACCCCCUGCAUCCACUGCCGCCGUCCCACGGGCAGUGCCCGAAGGAGAAGCCGCGCUCCCGGCCGCAGCGGGGUCGCUGCGAGCCUGCCCGCAGGCAGGUGAUCGCUGCCGCUCACCCUCUUCCAGCUCCCCCCGCCUCCCUUUUUCCCCCGGCUGGACAACUCCCUCCUUUGGAGAACACGCCCAAGGAGCUGAAGAAGAGAGAAAGGGAGGAAAGGCAAAUCCCGGGGGAGAGCGCACGGGGGACACUGAGCACCGGGCCGGGGGGCCGCCGGCGCUCGGCAGGGACCCGCAGCCCUAUCCCUCAGCAGCGACAAGGCGCGACGUGUGACGGGCACACGGCUCCGGGGCAGCUCGAAGCGGGCGGGCCCCGGCGGGGGACAUGGUGAGAGGCGGUGGGGGCUCGGCGGCGGACAGCGGCGGACGGCUCGGGGUGCGGCGGGGGCUGCCCUUCUCGGCCCCGCUGCCCUGAGCCGGCGGCUCCGCCAGCACCGGCCCGGGCCGGCAGCGUUGGCACAGGCGUCGUUUCGUAUGCGGGGCUGAGACACGGCAAGCGAGGAAUUAUGAACAGGAAAACAAGGCGCUGGAUCUUCCACAUCUUCCUGAGCCUGGGCAUUGUCUACAUCAAGAUCGGGGGCUUUUCCUCUGUGGUGGCCCUGGGAGCCAGCAUCAUCUGUAACAAGAUCCCGGGUCUUGCCCCUCGACAGAGGGCAAUCUGCCAGAGCAGGCCCGACGCAAUUAUUGUCAUCGGGGAAGGGUCCCAGAUGGGCAUCAACGAGUGCCAGUUCCAGUUUCGCAACGGGCGCUGGAACUGCUCUGCCCUGGGUGAGAGGACGGUCUUCGGGAAGGAGCUGAAAGUGGGCAGCAGAGAGGCAGCCUUCACGUACGCCAUCAUCGCUGCCGGAGUCGCUCACGCCAUCACGGCUGCCUGCACGCAGGGCAACCUGAGCGACUGCGGCUGUGACAAGGAGAAGCAGGGACAGUACCACAAGGAGGAAGGAUGGAAGUGGGGAGGCUGCUCUGCCGACAUCCGAUACGGGAUCGGGUUCGCCAAGGUGUUCGUGGACGCGCGGGAGAUCAAGCAGAACGCCAGGACGCUGAUGAACCUGCACAACAACGAGGCUGGGCGCAAGAUUCUGGAGGAAAACAUGAAGCUAGAGUGCAAGUGCCACGGGGUGUCAGGAUCCUGUACCACUAAAACAUGCUGGACCACCCUGCCUAAAUUCCGGGAGCUGGGCUACAUCCUGAAGGACAAAUACAACGAAGCUGUUCAGGUGGAGCCGGUGCGAGCCAGCCGCAACAAGCGUCCCACCUUCCUCAAGAUAAAGAAGCCACUUUCCUACCGCAAGCCCAUGGACACAGACUUGGUGUACAUCGAAAAGUCUCCCAACUAUUGUGAAGAAGACCCCGUGACUGGCAGCGUGGGGACGCAGGGCAGGAUGUGCAACAAGACAGCCCAGCAGUCCAACGGCUGCGACCUGAUGUGCUGUGGCCGAGGUUACAACACGCACCAGUACUCCAGAGUCUGGCAGUGCAACUGCAAGUUCCACUGGUGCUGCUACGUGAAAUGCAACACGUGCAGCGAGCGAACAGAGGUCUACACCUGCAAGUGAGCAGGUGGCUGGGCAGGCUGGCACGGCCCUGGCCAGCGACACAUUUGCACAUGCACUCACUGUGCCUACACGAGGCUGUAGGAAGGACCUGCUCUGGCAGAAGCAAUGCUGGUGAAUGGAGCCCUCUCUUUUUCUACCCACGGUUCGCUGGGUGUGUGGAUGCAUAUUGCAGACUCUUACGAAAGUUAGCCAGGAAGUGAAAACAAACAACAACAACAGAGAAACCCCACCCUGAGCCACCUGACACACAAAAUGGAGAGGAAAGAUCAUCUCAGUGAGCAGCACCUCUAAAACGAGAAGCUUUGACUGCUGCGUGAAUGGGACAGCAGCCAGAGGAAUGGCUCUGAGCGUGGCAACCAACUCUCGGUCUGGAAAGAGGAUGGUUGAGAACUUCAGUGUCUAAGAAGCAGGGAGAGGGGUAGGGGGAGAAUCUCUCAGCGAAGGGCUUUGCACAGGAUGGGAUGGACAGUGGCCCAAGGUGAAUUGCCCACGGGAGUGUGUGGAUGACACAGAUGUAGGCUUCUCCACCGGUGAAAAGCUUCUGCUGGUCUUUGCUCAUCUUUCCACUCCACGCUGUUUGCUGCAGCGAGUCGAACUGUCGAAGCAGACACUGCUUUUACCUGCCCUUUUCUUUUGUUUGUUCGGUUGUUUGGUUUUGUUCUGUCCUUGGUUUGUUGCUGUUGGUUGGUUUGUUGUUGGUUUUUUUUUUCCCCAUGUGUGUGUGUGUGCGUGCUGCAGAUUUUAGCACAGGGAUUUGGGACACUCGGGCAUAAUAAUAGCAAUAUUUAACAAUUUAUUCAGAUAAAACUAAUAUUAAUUUAUUUAAUUAAAAAGAACUCUACUGGC